GCCAGGGUAGGGCGAAGCGAGACGUGUAUCCCCAAAGAAAGAAAAGAAAACAACAGCCGUGCAUUGCAGUCUUUUGAGAAGAUAUGAUUUGCGACGUUUGAUUCUACUUUUGUAUUUCCAGAUGAUUUUUCUAGACAUGUGAACGGUUCAAUAUGUGCUGCAACUGACAGAUGUGAUGAAAAUCACAGACAGCAAAGGACGACAAUCAUGGUUUUGAGAAAUUAAUCUUUUUGGAUCAUGGUAUUUACCACCAUUGCACAGUUCAAGGUUAAUGGAAAACCAGAUCUGCAAAACAUGCAGAUGAGCCACACAGUGCACAUGUGAAUGGGAUACAGUUUCUGUGGUGAGCCCAUGUGAAAUUAACACAUCCAAAAACUGAGGAGAACCAGCUUCAAUCAUGUCCCUAUCGACGGUGCUUGCAAAGGCACUUUUUGACAAUGCUGCUGAAAGCCCAGAGGAGUUAGCAUUUCGCAAAGGUGACAUCCUGAUGGUUCUGGACCAGGAGCAGGACGGUGGACCAGGGUGGUGGCUUUGCUCCCUACAUGGCCGCCAAGGAAUUGCCCCCGCCAACCGUUUACGCCUUCUCCAAACUGCUCAGACUCCGGCUACAAGCGCAGGUACAGAUCCCCGACGAGCUCCUAGUGUGGACUCGGUCCAUCUGUCGACUAGCCAGCAGGGCAGGGUAAAUGGACUGAGCACUGAAGAUCCAGAUGGGGUGUAUCUCUCACCACCCAGCUUAGCUGAAGGGGUGUACCAAAGCCCUGGGGCAGCUCCUGCCCCAGCCAGGUCUGGAGAGCUGCGUCACUCUGAUGGAGGAAGACCACGAUCGCAUUCUAGUUCCGGAACCAGGCCUCGUCCGGAUUGGGGGGAUGUGGGUGUGGCAGCACGACCCCGCUCACCCUCACUUAGAGGAUGGGGUGGCGAGUCAGGGACCCUCUACCAGACUCCCACCUCACCUGCGCCAAUGGCAGCACAACACAGAUCACAAGGUGCACUGGCAUCCGAUUCAGUGUACCUGACUCCAAGUGCUGUUCCCAGGUCUGCAGCCGAAACAUCAGGGGAGGCUAGGUAUUUAAGUCCACGGGAUGCAGGGGCCGGUAAUUCUGAUGGAUGCUACUUGGUGCCUAGACCAGCUGUCGCUGCGUUGACCAGUGAGAAUUUAUAUCAGACUCCUACAAGUGGUGCCCCAGUGGCAGGACCAUGUGUAUCGGGAAUGACUUCAAGACUUACGGAUGGGAUUGCACCCAAAAGCAGCCCAUCUUCUUCUAUUAGUCCUUCUCAGAGUAAGACUGGCCAAGAUGCCCCAGGGAUGUACCAAACCCCAACCCCACCUGGAGGUGCCAUAUCCAGGACCCCUCAGUCUGACCACAAACACCCCGCUGGAACUGUAGGAGUGUCUGGAGCCUCAACACCAGGCCAGAAUCUUAAGCAGACACCUCCCUCGGCCCGAGGAUCCCAAAAGGGUACUACUUCAACUCCUCCGGUUGGUCGAGGAAAACUGGCCCAGGGUGGCCUGAGAGAAUCCCCUCUACUUGCCAGGGUGGGAAAGUCCGGAGUACCAGGGUCCCCAAAUUUUGGUCGCAAACCGCUUCCUCCAGCACCUCCUGUUAGAAGUGUGACCAGGAAGGAUUUUCCUCAGUCUAACUCGGUUCCAAUCACCAACCCUGUUCUCCAGGCCAAUCCUGUACCCCCGCAGACAAACAUGCUGGAGGAAGAGAGACAGGGAAGUAAAAAUGGACACAUGCAAGUGGACGAGAUGAAGAAGAACAGUGAAACAGUGACCAAGAGAGAGAGUGCAAGUUCUCAGGAUGAGAAACUCAGUGAGGAGGUAUAUGAUACACCUCCCACAAGUAGGUGGCAGCAUCCAAUUCCUGCAGUGCCUUCUGAGGAGGAUGAUGGGAUCUAUAACACCCCUCGUGCUGUACCUCUACACACCGACCAGGGCUCAGAGAUUUAUGAUAUUCCCACUCUGGCCCUGAAUUCCUCCUCUGACCAUCAGCAGCAAACCUACAAUAUUCCAGGAUCAGCUGCUGUGGCUGGAGAUGCAGAGGAUGAGGAUGUGUACAGUGUUCCCAGUCUUCCUGGUUUACCCUUGGAGGCAAGCGAAAUGCCGGGAUUAACUGCAGAAACUGCGGGAAACGGACGUACCUAUUCGAUUUCCAGUCCUAGAAAGCAAGACUUAACCUCCGAAGAUGUGUCAGAACCUGAUGGAGGCAUCUACGACAUGCCUGCCCUCACUCUGGAAAUCCCAACACGCCGUUUGUCUGUGUCAAGCACCGGCUCCGGGGACAUCCAGUGGAAAGCAUCUCUUUCUGCUCUAGUCCAGUCUGCUCUGACCUCCGCCUCUGUCACCACCACCCCAUCCCGAGACCUCGCCUCCGCAUUGGCUGAGAUCCUUUCUGUCUGGAAGGCUGGGCAUGUUGGUGAUGUUCCUCCAGUUCUCCAGCAGGCUUGGUCCCGUCUCUCGGACCUCCUUCCUGCCCUUUCGGUGUGCGGUACUGCCCCCACAGCUGACGGUCUGCUCACGAUGGUCCGUUGUGCCCUUGAAGAUUCCGUCUCUCUUUUACAGAGUCAAGCACGACCUCGUUUACCUUCCCAGGAGUCUCUGUCUCGGAGACCUCUACCUGCUUUGCCGGUGGCAGAGGUCAAACCGAUCGUAGGGGACAUGGGAUCACGGAAGGGCAGCUGGAUCCAGGAACGACCGCUGCCUCCUCCGCCGACCGCUGCCUUCCCUUUGCCCCCGGCACCAGUUUCUUUAGCUCCAACUGUGGGAAGAAUGGAGGAUGAGGAACAAGGAAAUGAGUAUGCAGGAAUCGGUCUAACUCCUACACCACUGCCUUCAUAUCCUGUAGGUGAUAGUGUGGGAUACGUCAAACUGCAGGGGAAGCCAGAGCCUCCACCAGACACCCAUACAGAGCACAGUUCUUCACAGCUUAUCACCACAACUGAUAAUAAAUUGAGUCCAUCACCCCCAGUCUCUCUGUCUCUAGAGGAUUCAGAGCUACUCUCUUUCUACUCCUCCCAAAGUCUCUCUCAUCUUUCUUGCCUGGCCGAUGCCAUCGAUUCCCUGUUCACAAGUGUCCAAGGGAACCAACCACCCCGAGUCUUCGUUUCCAGGGGGAAAAGUCUCAUUGUAACUGCACACAAACUUGUCUUUAUUGGGGAUACACUUGCACGGCUACUCAGCUCUUCAGACCUCAGAGCAAAGGUCACCACCUCCAGUGGACGCCUCUGCCAAGCUCUGAAGGCUGUUGUCGUGGCAACUAAGGGUGCAGCCCAGAAUUAUCCUUCAGUCCCUGCUACGCAAGAAAUGGUGGACCGAGUAGCUGAUCUAUCCCAGCAUGCAGCUGGUUUCUCUGGGCUUUUGCAGCGAUUAGCUGAGAUAUCUUGAUGUUAUUUGGGCAGUUUAACCUUUGUUUUCACAGUGGAAUGCCUUAUUAUUAUUUUUUUGAGGAUGCAUCAAAAGCAUGUCACUGCUUGUAUUAGUUCAACAGUGAUAAAAUGAUCAAACAGUUGGUGAGUAUAUGUUGGAGUGUAUCUGCUUGCCUGUGUUGGUUUUGACACUUUAGACUGGUCUUUAUUUCUUUUUUUUUUCCUUUUUUGUGGUGCCAAGCACACUUAAACGUUUUAAUAACUUAUUGAUGGAUGUUUUGUUUGAAGAUGUUUGCAACCUCAGGCACAUUUUAAUAGCUUUAUUUUGUCCCCUUAACCAUAUUGACAUCGAUGAGGUAAAAGUGAUCUUCUAUAUUUAAGGGUGUUCUUGUAAACUGGUCUAAUUAUUCAGUUUGUUUGUAAAUGUGAAGUGGCCUUGGUGUUAUAGAGAUUGAAGUGACUAAUUUGACAGCCCAGGAGGUUUCAGUUGUGCUGCACAUGUAACCAAAACAGAUAAAGCUAACCUAGUUUCAAAUGUUAAACAAGAAGGAAUGCUUGAUUAUUUAAACAGACAUGAAGAAAACAGUACUUUUUGAAUAAGUGAUUCAACAAUUUAUUGAAUUUUGGGAGAGCAUUUCCCACAAUGCUGAUUCAGAGAUAAACCUGUCUGUCAGGUCCACUCAGCCUCUUUCUUCACACUCUUUGCUUCACUCAUUUAUUUUUUUUCUUCCCAUAUUUCUCACACUCCCACAGUCGGUUUCUUCACAUGCUCACAAAGGCAGCUUAAUGGUGAAGCAGUUUUGGCAACAACUCUUGCACAAUUAAAUAUCAUACAGGGUUUUUGUUUUUAAACAGGCUAUGCAGCAUUUCUGAAAACAGCAAUAUAUAUCUAGUAGCUUCCAUAGUGGCAGUCGAAAUGCUGGUGCUUACAGUAUCUUGUACUCAAACAGGCUUGGUUCUAACCAGACAGAGCUUUGUGUAUCUAUUGGACAGUGCUCACACAGGUUGAAACAUGCACCUGUUUCCCUCCUGUCUUGAAAAAUCAUGUCGGUGUCAUAAAUGUAUUGUCAUGUUUACAAGACACCCUCAUAGUCUGUAUCUCAGCCCAUUCCUCCAUCUGUUAAUUCCUCCAUCUGCUCUCUUAUUCUGGCUCCUUCCCCCAUCUUUGUCUGUAAAUACCCACAUCUCCACUUUUUAUAUACAGGAUUUACAUGUUGGCCACCGGUACAAUGCUAUCAGUGUUAUUCUUGCUGUUCGACUUUGGUUCGGUUUGACUGGUUCAUUACAUCUUUACACUUACUGGCUCUUGCAAUUUAAUAAUUCAGCCAUAAAAAAAUUUCAUAGUUUAAAUCUCAAGUAGCCUUCCCUUUAUUACUGCCUUUUUUUUAAAGUGGCCUUUUUAGUUUUUACUUAUUUUGUCAGUCCUGUCACAGUGGAUAAAGUGGUUAAAAAGUGCUGAAAAGGCCAAUUAAGUGAAUUGAAUUCUGAGCUGAUGUAGAUGGUUUCCACUGGUGUUGGUGUGUUAGUUGACUCAGUGACAUCUGGUGGACUUUAUCAGUAUUACUACACAAACUACUUGGAUAAGUAAAAAAAAAAAUACAACACAAAAAAUACAACACCUCAACAGGUACUUCAGAGUAUACUUCUGGUAGAUAGACAAGCAUCAUAUUUUAUGCUUUUGAAUGAGCUCUCAUGUCCCUCUGUAAAAAAUAACUAUGUAUAUAUAUAAACAUUUAAAUUAUACAAGUCCUCAAGCAAGCGUUCCUCUCAAAAGGCUCAUUUAUCUUAAAGGCACAAUAUGUAAUUUUCGCUGCUAGAGGGCGCGUAUGCAAAAUAAACAAAUAGAC